AUGUAUGACAACAUCUCUGAUUUCACAAGAUAUGAUGACGACCAUGACCCCGAACACGGUGAAGAAGAAGUUUUACAAACAUCCAUUAAGACAGGAAAGGUUUUAACUCAAAGUCUCAUUAUUGACACCAAAGAUGGCGAAGUGGACGUUCUUCAAGAGCUGAAGAAAAAUACUUCUUCGGGAGGUGGUGGUAGGCAUGAACUUGAAAUAAAUGAGAUAGAAGAGAAAUUAGCCGAAAAAGCAGAUAAAGAACAUAAACACAAUAUCUCCGAUAUAAAUGAACUUCAAGCUACAUUAAAUAGUAAAGCAGAUAAAAAUGAACUUGACGCAAUGAACAAAGUUUUGAAAUCUCAUAAACACAACAUCUCCGAUAUAAAUGAACUUCAAGCUACAUUAAAUAGUAAAGCGGACAAGAACCAUGUUCAUUAUAUAACUUCAGACGAACAGAUUAUAACGGACUACCAUGGAUAUUUAACACGAAGUGAUGAAGCGAAGACAAAAAAUGUUAAUGAAAGAAGAUAUAAAUACAUUCGUGCUAAAGGUUAUGACAUAAGCUGUACUGUACAGUAUGAUGUAGCUAAAGCACCAGAAGCAUUUGGUUAUACCGGUGAAAUUUAUGCCUCUACUUUCAAUGUUAACGGUGUAUUAGUUGAACCAAAAUUUACUUUGAGAGUUAAGGCAAAAAUAACGUUUGAAGAUGCUAUUAAAAGUAAAGCUGACAAAGUUGAACUCGAAGCAAUGAACAAAGUUUUGAAAUCUCAUAAACACAAUAUCUCCGAUAUAAAUGAACUUCAAGCUACAUUAGACAGUAAAGCUGACAAGAACCAUACACAUAAAUCCUUCACUACUGUUAGAGCAGACGACAUAAUAUUGAACUUUGACCUUGGUUCAAGUGCACCUUUAGAGAAUCCAAGUACAAGCGUAAAAGAUACUCUUAACAAUUUAGAUAAGAGUUGCAGGAACAUUGAAAGUCAUGCCAGAAACUUUGAAGCACAUGAACUACCAGCAAUGUUAGAUAAGAAAGCAGAUAAAACAGAGCUUCAAACAUUAAAGACUCAGAUUCUUGAAACAUUAUAUCCUAUAGGUUCUAUUUAUACGUCAAUGAACUCAACAAAUCCAGAAACAGUUUUAGGUUUUGGUACUUGGGAACAGAUUGUAGACAAAUUCUUAUACUGUGCUAACUCUUCAAA